UACAUGACAAUUUACUUAACAAUUAAUAAUAAAAUAUGUAAUUUUAGAAUUAUAAUUAAAUUAUGUAUUUAUUUGAAACUGAGAAUUACACUUAGCUAUUUAUACCAAAGAUUACUCUACUUAUUAUUAUUAAAUACUAAUUAAGUUUUAACACGUGGCAAGUUUUGAUUGGUACAAUUACGUGUACGGUUGGAUCUUUAUUGCUUCGUAAUGAUCGUCGAGGGCAGGCCGUUGGAUUGCGUAAGCCGCCCGUUUCCAUGAAAACGUGAUCUUAUCUAUUUACUAUUAUACCCCUAAGUAACUAAUAAUUAAUUUUUUAAGUAAAUCAAUCAUAAAUAAUUGACUUGAUUCGAUUUUAAAAAGUCCUUUGGUAGAAAAAAUGGAAGGUAUAUGAUUCAUAGUAAAGCACCACAAUUAUAUACGUAAAAGUACAAGUGGGACCCAGCCAAGUGGAUUAGACUGUACUGAUUAACAUUUUGAUUUGAAGUGUAGGGAAAGUAUUGUGUACGUAAACACAGAGUAACCUUUUUUCCCAUCUGUACACUGUACGGCGUGUUACUACAUACAUUCAUAAAAUUUUAAAUAUAAAAAAAAAUAAAUAAAUAUAAAAUCUACGACGAUAUUAUAGCGAACAUAGUUUCUCUCUCUAAAAACCUCAUAAUAUUAUUUUCUCUCUCUUUAAAAACCUUGUUGGUUUUCUUUCUUUGACCCAAAAAUGGUGUCUCUCGAGCUUGAACCAUGUUUCAUGGAUGAUUUUUUGAACUUUCCUGAUGAUGAAGACAUAUCGAUAAGGAGUAAUGAGGUUUUGGACUCGUUCGGUUCAGGUGUCCCUUUUCAUUUUCAUGAAGAAGAACUUGAAUGGAUAUCAAACAAAGAUUCAUUCCCGGCGGUUGAAUUCCUACCGGACAUUCUCUCCGACCACCCUUACGGCGGCGCCGGCGUCAAACCAAACCUUCACAGUCCGGUAUCAGUCUUGGAAGGAGAAGAAGGCAGCCACAGCAGCAGCAGCAGCAGCAACGAUAGCUCAGUUUCAGUACUCACAAGCUGUUUCGGCGGCUUGAAGCCGCCGCCGCGCCGUGCCCGGAGCAAGCGCCGGUGCCGGCGCCGCCGUGGGAGCUAUUUUGACAUGUCAGGCGAAAAGCUCUUUUUGAGCAUCGGAAACUGUCACCACAGUGUGAAGACAGAGAAGAAGAAAAAGAAAAGGAAAAAAGCAAUGAAAAAGGACAAUAAGACGAUGACGACUUUGAUGACGUCAGCAACAAAAAUGAGUGGGGGUAUAAUGGGAAGAAAAUGUCAGCAUUGCGGGGCUGAAAAAACCCCGCAAUGGCGCGCAGGUCCUUGUGGACCUAAAACGCUUUGUAAUGCUUGUGGGGUUAGGUACAAAUCGGGGAGAUUGGUACCGGAGUAUAGGCCGGCGAGUAGCCCUAGUUUUUCGAGCGAUUUGCAUUCGAAUUCGCACCGGAAAAUUAUUGAGAUGAGAAAAGGGAAAAAUUUGGUGGGAAUGAUGGUAGAGAAUCAUAACCCAAUUGAGUCUUGAUGAUUUGUAUUAGUGUGUAAUAUUAGUUAGUAAUUAGUACUUUUAAGGGUUUUUUUUAAUUUGUUUUACUAUUAAUAUAUAUAAGUUUCUAGUUAGGUUAGAUUGUAUUUUUUUUUGUAUUGGAUUAGAUUAUUUUUAGUUAAGUUAUUUGUUUGUUUGUUUUUUA